AUGAAGGCUUUUAGCGUGAAAAGUUCUGUUUUUCUCCUAGUCAUUCUCGUUUUGACAUACACUUUACACAUUGAAGCACAGCAAUGUCGUCCAAGUGGCCGGAUUAGGGGGACUAAUCCUCCUCCAGACCAAUGCAACCAGGAGAAUGAUUCAGAUUGUUGCAAAGAUGGAAAAUACUACACAACUUACAAAUGCUCACCACCAGUUUCCAGCAGCACAAAAGCAACCCUUACCCUGAACAGCUUCCAGAAAGGCGGGGAUGGUGGUGCACCAUCAGAAUGUGACAAUCAAUACCACUCAGAUGAUACACCAGUGGUGGCACUUUCGACUGGAUGGUACAACCAUGGGAAUAGAUGCUUAAACUACAUAACUAUCCAUGGCAAUGGAAAGAGUGUUAAGGCCAUGGUAGUUGACGAAUGUGACUCUACUAUGGGAUGUGAUUCUGACCAUGAUUAUCAGCCUCCUUGUCCCAACAACAUCGUAGAUGCCUCAAAAGCAGUUUGGAAGGCCUUAGGAGUGCCUGAAAGUGACUGGGGUGAUAUGGAUAUAUAUUGGUCUGAUGCAUGA